ACUAAUAGCGCGUUGCCCCUGCGGCCGACAAUGGCAUCUGGGUCCGUGCGUUUCAACUUCACGCGUUCUCUGUUUUUCGCAGGAGCAACUCGGAGCCGCACGUUCGACGUCACUUCGUCUCCUGAUGUCCUUCCCAACUCGAAUCCAGACCAGUAUUACUCUCGCUUUCACACUAUAACCUUGUUGCGUGUCGGAGAUACGUGCGCGGUACCGUUUCGCCAAUGCCCCGCCCCUCCCCUCAGCCGCAUCACGACUCCGCGCGCCACUUCCUCCCAACGCGGUGAUUCAUGACACAGUCUCCCCAAACCCAUCAAAAAGACACGAAAUCUACGACAAGAGUAUCGUCAAACAUGCCCUCGAAACCUUCCACGCCGCACCGAGCUGCCACCGGCCGCAAACGAGGGCGUCCCCCGGGCACCACGAAUGCCGCUCGCAUCGCGCGCGAGGUCGGCGAUUCCCCCGCACCACCGUCCGGUCGAUCAACGCGCGACCACGCUACUCCCUCGGCAGCGCCGCAGACCGAACCGCCACCUAAGAGGAGGAGAUACAUACCCGGCGGCGCUGGCGGCGGUGGUCGCUUCAUCGAUGACGAUGGGACCCAGACGCCAAUGACAGUGCGCAGACAGCCGAGAGAGCCGCGCAGUGUAUCUGCCAUAGUCCCGAGACGAGAAAGAAGUGCAAGACUACGAACCGCUAUCGAUCGAGACGAUAUGGAAUUUAGUUCAGCUGCCGCCGUUGCCGCGGCCGUCGCCGAGAACGAAGGCUACAAGCCCAGGGAGGAGCGAGGCUGGGAAGAGUUCCAUCCAAAGCUCGAUAUCGAUGCCACAUUUAUGAUUUUUCGUUCCGAAGAAGUGGAUGGGAUCUCUCUUCCCGUCGUUAAAUCCCCUCCCAGAACACCGGCUGCAGCUCGGCCCUCGACGCCGAUGAACGGCUCGAACACGCCUCUGAGGGAAAUGAACCCGUCUUCGACCGGCAACACCCCAGUCCCAACUACAAACUCAUACUUUGCGCUUCCCCUUGUCGGAAGCGAAUCGCCGCAGAAACGCCGGACAAGACCGCCACGCGAGUCCGUAUCAUUUCUUCACCGAGACCUGGCUCCGGUAUCAACGCCGCGGGUACCUCAAGUCCUGCCGAUUCGUAACCAAACACCAAAGGAGCGUCUUGACCUCAAGGCGCCUUCUUACCGUCGGUCAGAUCAGGUGGAACAGUUCGAGAGCAAGAGCUUCGGCCAGGCGAGAUACGUCGACAAGUCGAUGAUGAAUGUGGGCUACCAAGAGACCGACCGCUACAUUCAACCCGAAAGCACGCUCAUCAAGGCCGCGGAACCUAAUCUGGAAGAAGAUCUUGAACUGGCUGUUGUCAAGGCCGAUGGCGAUACAGUCCCACCUUCCGGCACCAACGUAGGACGUGUCGAGUACGACAUGGAUGAGCAGGAUGAUCAAUGGCUGGAGGUGUACAACAAGGAGCAGCGCAAGAGCAACGAGCUCGAACCAAUUACACGAGAAGUGUUCGAAAUUGCCAUUACCAAGAUCGAAAAAGAAUGGCAUGCGUUGGAGAAGCGGAUACCGAAACCAAACCCCAAACCUCCACAGACCCAUCGGCCACGGUCGAGUUCGGCAGCAGCGGUGAAUGGCGAGCCCCAGGUCGGAGAGGAACAAGACAGCAAAUGCGCAAUUUGCGACGAUGGUGACUGCGAAAACACCAACGCGAUCGUCUUCUGCGACGGUUGCGAUCUUGCAGUGCAUCAGGAGUGCUACGGUGUGCCUUUCAUACCCGAAGGACAGUGGUUGUGUAGAAAAUGUCAGCUUAUCGGGCGUGGCGUUCCAACAUGCAUCUUCUGCCCCAACACAGAUGGAGCCUUUAAGCAGACCAACUCUUCAAAAUGGGCCCAUCUUCUCUGCGCGAUGUGGAUUCCCGAGGUCUCUCUGGGAAAUGCCACAUUCAUGGAACCAGUCAUGGACGUGGAGAAGGUACCCAAAACACGCUGGAAGCUGAGUUGCUACAUCUGCAACCAGAAGAUGGGUGCCUGCAUCCAAUGCAGCAACAAGUCUUGUUACCAGGCCUUCCACGUAACCUGUGCGCGGCGGUCCAGGCUUUUCCUCAAGAUGAAGAACAGCCAUGGAGCCCUCGCGGUUCUUGACAGCAACACGGUGCUCAAGGCUUUCUGCGACAAGCAUUGCCCGCCAGAUUAUGCCAAGGACAACGGUGUGGCCCAGGCAGCGCGGGAAGCUAAGAAAUUCUACAAGCGGGCAAUGAAGGGACGCAUCUGGGCGGACAGUCAGGCAACUGCGCACGCCUUGGCUGCCAACCACCGCCAUGCAUUGACAGAGCACCCGCCUGAUGAAAGCCAGAUGACGGGGGCCAAAUUUGCUUCAUAUGUGGGCGGUGACAAAAAGAAGGGGCAGCCUGGGAAGCAGAUUUGGAAGUUGCCUUCCGGUGCCCCCAUCAUUCCCCAGGCCGUCUUCGACAUUGUCGAGCAAGCGCUGUCUCGGUUCCCAUUCCGUAAACGCAAAGACUUUGUUGGCGAGGCAUGCCGUUAUUGGACGCUGAAGCGCGAGGCUCGUCGUGGCGCGGCGCUCCUCAAGCGGUUGCAACUGCAGAUGGAGACUUUCUCGUCGAUGGAACUGACAAGGCGGAACUUUGCGCAAAUGGGACCGUCUGGGAAGUCUCGGCUUGCACGGCGCGUUGAGUUCGCAGAAAUGUUGCUCAAGGACCUCUGGGAACUCAAACUCCUCUCGGAAAGCGUCGUGGAGCGAGAACAAGAGAAACUCGAUGCAGCAGAGCUUGAGCAAGAGUUUGUGGACACCUGCUACUUUCCGAUUGCUAAGCUUCUCGUGCCAGUGAUCGAGAAGGCGAUAUUCCUUGACAAGCACAUCUUCAAAGAAGGCCUCGUGGGGCUUCAGGAGAAGCUCGAGCGCCGAUUUUACACCAACAUCCUUGUCUUCACUCAUGAUCUCUGUGAAGUAAUUAACGUGGGCAUCAACACAGAGCCUCAGCAUAUCGAGGGCGCUUCUCAGGGUGCUGUUCUAUCGCCUGUCAAGCAGAAUUUUCAUGAUCCAAGACAACGGAAGGCACUCGGAAAACGAAUAUUGAAGGCUGUGCAGCCGCAGCUCGAAGCGGCCCUGAGGACGGAAGCUGAGAUCACCCACAAGCCAUACGACACGCUGGCCAAAGAGUUCGAAGGCAUGCUUGAAGCCAGCAUCGAGUUCCGGCAGCCGUCGAUCACAGUCUCUUGUACGGAAGAAAACACCGAACCCAGCCAGGACACUAUCAUGGUGGAUGCCGCCAACGAGCAGAUCACCGUGGCCAACGAUGAGGGCGCACAAGCCGAAGAGGAACCGACCGCUCCUGGUGACGAGAUGGAUGUGGAUGCCGAAGGAGAAGACGACGAUGAGGGGAAUAUUGAAGUCAACACCUCGACUCUUGAGAAGCCUGGCGACGUGCAUUCAUCAAGCUCCUCUAUUGCCGGGCACGAGGGUAACGGCAAGGCAGCAGUGAAGACGGAAAGUCCACUGGCCUCCGUGCAGCCCUCCGACACACCGCCCGAAACUGACGGCUACGUUACCGUCACCAGACCAACGCAACCUGCCCCUCCAACGCCCCCGCAGUCUAACGGCAGCCUGGGUAACGAGUCCACGGACCCGUUGUCCGAAGGCGGUGUCCCCUGGUACUUUUCAGACUUCAAGCCCAAGGGCACCACUGUUGUGGAGGAACAGUGGACGGGUCGUGAAGCGAUUCGCAGUUUGAGCGAGGACCUCACCGACAUGGACGACCAGGAGCUCGAGGGCCUCGCCUUCGACGUCGAGGACAGCACCAUUACGGCAUCGCCCACCGUCAACGACGAGAUUGUGGCGGACACUAUUGUCAGCAAGGCCCAAACCAGCACCAAGGUGCGUAAACGCACGAGUGCUCGAUCGUCGACCAGAAGGAGAUGAAUAAGCGCAAGUCUUCACUCUUGUGCUAUUCCUCUCGAGGCAGGGAGGGCCUACAUGUGUGACGAAUGCGCAAUUUUUUCAUGAGACUGUACUUGUACAACCCCCCCCCCUAUUGGGAAUACCUGUGUAUUUUAUAUUCCUCAACGCCUCCGCGAUACGAUUCCCUUUUCAACCUACUUUCACGCACUUUCUUCUUAACCUUUAACUACCGCGCGUCUACUACAACGAUCCCUUCUACCACUACGACGACGAUUACUUCUCCUUCUUUGUGAUACUGAAUGGUGGAUACAAGGCGUUCAUCAGGAUUGAAAGGGGGGGGGGUCACUCCAGAUCACGGCUUCAAGGGCGUUUUGGGAAAUAGGGGAACUGUGAAGGGUAUUACCAAACACACGAGGGAGAUCAGGUUCCAGCUAGUUCGAGGUAUUAUAGCUACGGGAAACGAACGCGUGCUGCUCUGGUUUCUUUCCUUAUUCAUUACUUGAUUUCCGGGACGCUCAUGUCCCGUCUCUUACAGCACUCAUUCCUCUCCCGACGUGUAUGUGAGAGAGAGAGAGAGAGAGAUUGUGUUUAUGUGUGAUUGAUCGAAGAGAUAAUGCGAAAGUGUCAUAGUUCGAAUGUGUGCACAAGAAACAUGUUAGUUGUCCCGACUGCAAAUCGAGUGACAGAAUGCUUGGCUCCUGUGACGUUGAUAGGUGGGCUGUGUGUCGCCUGUCGCCGGUUUGUGUCCAUCUGGGCCAUAUUAGUUCGCUCUUGCUCGCGUCGCAAGUUUCGAGUAAUGAUACCACCCACACACGCGUACUUCCCGGUUCC